AUGUUGAGCCGAUUCAUGAGUGGCAGCAUCAGGAAUCUCGAACGGGAAUACAGCUGCACCGUCAGGCUGCUGGAUGAUACGGAAUAUACCUGCACCGUUCAGCGGGAUGCAAAGGGACAGUAUCUGUUUGACCUCAUCUGCCACCACCUCAACUUGCUGGAGAAAGACUAUUUUGGCAUCAGAUAUGUGGAUCCAGACAAGCAGCGGCACUGGUUGGAGCUCUCAAAAUCAAUUCCAAAGCAAAUGAAAUCUCAGCCUCCGUUCACCAUGUGUCUGAGAGUCAAGUUCUACCCUCCUGAACCUGCUUAUCUAAAGGAGGAAAUCACUCGAUAUCUUGUCUUCCUGCAAAUCAAGAGAGACCUCUACCACGGUCGGCUCUUGUGUAAAACCUCGGACGCGGCCAUGCUUGCUGCACACAUCCUUCAAGCUGAGAUCGGAAAUUACGACCCUGGGAAGCAUCCUGAAGGUUACAGCUCCAAAUUCCAGUUCUUCCCUAAACAUUCGGAGAAGCUGGAGCGCCGGAUUUCAGACAUACACAAGACAGAGCUGAUUGGACAGACACCUGAAACAUCAGAGCGAAAUUUCCUCCAGAAAGCCCAGAUGCUGGAGACAUAUGGUGUUGAUCCACAUCCAUGCAAGGAUGUGUCGGGGAACCCAGCUUUCCUCGCCUUCACACCAUUUGGUUUUGUGGUGCUUCAGGGAAACAAGAGGGUUCAUUUUCUCAAAUGGAACGAGGUGAGCAAACUGAAGUUCGAGGGCAAAACGUUCCACGUAUAUGCAAAUCAGAAGGAGAUCAUCUUGACGUACUUUGCACCCACACCGGAGGCAUGCAAGCACCUUUGGAAGUGUGGAGUGGAGAAUCAAGCUUUCUAUAAGCUUGAAAAGUCAAGUCAGGUUCGCACGGUGUCCAGCAGCAACCUGUUCUUCAAGGGCAGCCGUUUCCGUUACAGUGGACGAGUGGCAAAAGAGGUGAUGGAGCAGAGUGCCAAAAUCAAACGAGAACCUCCAGAAAUACACAGGGCUGGUCUCGUGCCCAGCAGAAGUUGUCCAUCCAUCACCCACGGGCCUCGCCUCACCAGUGUACCGCGCACGCGUCGGAGAGCUGUGCACAUAUCUAUUAUGGAGGGUCUGGAGUCAUUGCGUGACAGCGCUCACUCCACACCGGUGCGUUCAGUGUCCCACGGGGACUGCUUCAUGCCACGCUCCCGGAGCCAGGCCACGGACGCCGGCGAGAGGACUGCGGUGAUCUCGGACGAGGCCUACAGCCCGUCCGACAGCGUCCUGCCCACCCCGGUGGCCGAGCACAGCAUGGAGAUGGCCGUCUCGCGCCAGAUCAACGGGGCGCCCUGCAGCAUCGAGGAGGAGAAGGAGUCGGAGGCAGGCACCCCCAUGCGCGGGGAAGUGGGUGAUUUUGGUGCAGAGGAGGGUGCAGGGGGGGACUCAGCCCUCAGCGAGGUGGAACAGGUGAAUAAAUUUGUCUUAAGUGUCCUCCGUUUGCUCCUUGUGACCAUUGGACUCCUCUUUGUCUUGCUCCUCCUCCUCAUCAUCCUCACCGAGUCAGACCUCGACAUUGCAUUUUUACGUGACAUCCGCCAGACCCCCGAAUUUGAGCAGUUCCAUUACGAAUACUUUUGUCCCCUCAGGCGGUGGUUUGCCUGCAAGCUCCGCUGGGUGGGCGGGUUGCUCAUUGACAAGUGA